CACCUAACACCACUUCGACCUGUGCACUUUCAGAUGCAGUUGCAUUGAUACAAUCAGCAGAGGAAAAUAGAGAGAAAAAUAUCAAAAGAAUUAUAGAGAGAAUUAUAGAGAGAAAUACAGAGAAAAAUAUGGAGGAAAAUAGGAAGGGAAUUAUGAAGGGAAUUGUAGAGGGAAAUACGGAGGAAAAUACAAAGAAAAAUAGAGAGGGAAUUAUAGAGGGAAAUACGGAGGAAAAUAUGGAGGAAAAUGCUGGAGAAACAAGAAUGAAAUUAGCAAUCGAGGAACUAGACAAUUUAUUAAAAAAAGAUAAUGGACAUAUGGAUAAAGGAACUAAAGGCAAUUAUAAAGUGCGAUGUAUUCGUAUAUGGGGUAAUGAAUGGUUAAAGUGGAGAAGAUUACCAAAGGAUAAUUGCGGAAAGUUCAUAAAGGUAGUGAGUCUUAUUGAUGAUGAAAGGAUAUCUUUAAAG